AUGUGUUUUAGUUUUGGGCAUCAAUUAAAACAGUAUGUAUCGUUUAAUUUUAAGCAACAAUCAGGAUGUAUUAUAGCUGCAGUGUCACAAAAUUAUACAAGUGGAUACAGUGAUAAAGUUAAUUACAGUGGAAAAUUAAAUUGUGUGGCUUCGGAUGUGGUUCAAAUACCAUCUGGAUUAUUAGAAGCAAACAUUUUCGUUGAAUCAACCUCAGAUAAUGAUACAAUCUCUCUACUGGUAUUCGAAGAAAACGACGAGAUAGCAGAUAAAGUCGACAUCACUGUUUCAAAAAAUGACAGUAAAAGUGUACAUCACACACUACAAAUGCGAGUUACCAAAAUGACAGGCUAUGUGGUCAUCAUAGCGCGAACUACAUUGACAUCAAACAUUUUGGUUGAAACUGUCUACGUCUUACUAGAUGAUCCAUUGGAAGAUGCUAUAAAUAGCAAUGAUAACAAUCAUUUUACUUUAUCUCCAUUUAACGGAGUAUCUGGGAUUACUUUGCCUACAGUAUCAUUUCCAACUCCGUCAACUGCAGCAACUACUACGACAGAAGAGCCAACAACUGUUUCAUCAACGACCACAGAAGACCCAACGACUGUUUCAUCAACGACCACAGAAGAACCAACAACCGUUUCAUCAACGACCACAGAAGAGCCAACAACCGUUUCAUCAACGACCACAGAACAACCAACCACUGUUUCAUCCACUACCACACAACAGCCAACAACUAUUUCAUCAACGAACACAGAAGAUCCAACCACUGUUUCAUCCACUACCACACAAGAGCCAACAACUGUUUCAUCAACGUCCACAGAAGAACCAACCACUUCACUAUCUACUAUGGUACAGGAACCCACAUCUUCACCACCAGAUUAUACUACAGAGACUACAUCUUCUUCAAUAAACUCCAUCACAGACACCACAUCCACUACGAUAGAUUCCACAUCAGAAACUACAAGACUAACACAGGGAGAAACUACGACACUUCCUUCAGAUCAAUCUACCACUGCACCGGGAACUACUUCGGUAUCUACUACUGAAAACCCUGAGAUUGCCGAUAAUCCAAAGUUGAGCGGAUUCAUAAUAGCAAUCAUAGUUGUAAGUUCUGUUGUUGUUUUAGUCGGCAUUGUCGUUAUUAUCUGGAUCUUUAAUUGUUCUAGUAAAGGCUUAAUGUGUACUUCCAAAGCAUAUAAUUUUAGUGAUACUAAAGGCGUUGUAUAGUUAGUAUAUUAGUAUAUUGAAUUGUCUACUGACACGCAAUUCGAUUCUGUGCAUAUGUAAACUCUUUUUAUCGACUGCAAAAAAAGGAGGAGAAGAGUUGGUUUCGUUAAAAAGCUACUGUCUAAGUAGUGUCAACCUUUUUAAUAACACACCUCUAUUAGGUCGAUCAGUGACGGAACAUUGUAACAAAAUCUAGUAAUUGAAAUAACACACACCUCUAAAUGUACCUAUCAUCAUAAAACUUGGCAAUUGUAUGUGGAUUAGAUAACUACCAAACUUUGGUAGGUUUGAUGAUGGAAUAAGAAAUAAAAAAAUAUGUCGAUUUUGCCCGAUAAGGAGGAGUAUAAGUAUAUUAUAAUUAAAUAGUGUUAAUAUUUUUUUAAACUAUGUUAUUCAUUUUCCUAAGAUUUUCAAGAUAACUUGGUGACUGUAGGUACUUCAAAACACCACCUUUUGUAUAUUAUGUAAUAAUAUUUACUUUACAGAACAUGUCGCGCCACUAUUAUUAGGAUAAUUGUGCAAUUUGAACUUGCGAUACUGACUGUACGUAUGAAAGAUCGAAAUCACACAAUAUAUAUUUUAAGAGUUGUUUUUUAAUUGACUGUCUCACUCACAGACUUUCUAUGACUCACAAAAUACCAGCGUAAGGUAGCGUCUGACAUACCGCUGAACCACCAAUAGGGAAGAUGACAG